CCAAGUCCUCGAGCGAGGCGACUAUCUCAAUCCCGAUUUUGACCCAAACAGCCUGACAAUACCACAGCUCCUAGGCCUGUUUGGAUUCCAUGGCGUCAUGUUUCCAUCUCCUCACAGCAAAGCGAAGCUUGUCGCGGUCUUCAAUGAUGAGAUCAAGCCCAGGGCCGACCAGUUUAAGCAGGAGAGGUCGAGCAGGCAGAACAGCCAGGCCAGCGACGACGGAAUUACGGACGGGCUCACAGGAAGACCCUUGAACGAAGAGCGGAAGCGUACGACAAGAGCAGCAUCUCGGAGGGCAUCUCUUGCACCGAAGGACCAAACUGAGCCUGCCGCGCAGCCCAGUAAACCAGAACCCAGUAAACGCCGCCGUGCUUCUGCUGAACCCUCUCUAGGGAGGACAACAAGCCGCAGGCGUGCAGUGAAGGUUCCGGAGCCGACAACAGUCGCAGAAGAGAGUGAGCCUGACGAGCCUCUGGUGAGGAAGGUUAGCAGGAAGAAGACGUCCACGACAGAGGCUGCAAGUCAGUCACGCGUAGCGCCUCCCACCCGUAUACAUGAUGAUAUCGAUUCUGGCUGGGAAGAUAAUAAUAUCUUUCAGUCCGGUGCUGAAUCUGCUUCCCCAUCCCCUGUCAAGCCUCGCCCCCGCAGGAGCAGCGCCAUACCUGCACGCGCGAAGAAAGCCAGUUCACUCCCUCCACAGUUUGCUCCCCCACCUUCUCCCCCGAAGUCGCCAUCGAAGAUCCCCAGAGGACGUACAGCCGCAGUCAAGGCUCCGGAAAGUGAAUUUAAGCCUGACCUUCCGGAGAGUGUCUUUCAGGAUUCCGAGGCGACGACCUCUCGGGCGAGACUCACGACACCUGAAGUCGCGGUGACUGGCCGAAGCGUGGCCGUCAAGGCAGACGAGGAAGAGACCGAGGUUGAGCUGCAAAGGGAGCAACUAGCCUUUGCCGCUGCACCAAAUCUGCAAGCUACCCCACGUCUGAGCCCCAAAGCUAGUCCGGCAAAGCCCAAUUCGAGGAUAGCCCAACUAGCCAACCCGCUAGCUAGUCCUUCCCCCGCGAAAUAUGGAGAGCCAUUUGCAGAUGAGGAGCACACACAGCCGGCACUCUCGAUCAUCGAGGAGCGGACGGAGAAGUCGGAGUCGCAGCUCGAUGUCCCCUCCCAGGCACCGAGUGCCGAGGGUCAAGAUCUCGUGUCUUCGCAAGAGGUUGCCAGUCAGGAGGUUACACAACCGAGACCUAAGAGCAGGGGCUGGGGCCCUUCAUUUGGCAACUUCAUGCUUGCUCUUCUCGGUACUAGCGUCCUCACUGCGCUAGGAAUGUACAAGACUGAGUCGGCUUCUAUUGGUUUCUGCGAGACCGGCAAGAACACGAAUGACAUACUGGAGGGAAUGAAGGUCCGCCGCACAGCAAUUCAAGAAUGUAAUCGAGAGAACAGGACCACAUUGUUCCUGGCCCAUCCCGACGCCGCCCAGGAUGUUCCGUCGCCUCAGCCGACGCAGGUCGCCACAGGAACCGAGGGAUCCAACGUCAUCCUCAGCGAAGCUUGCCCUCCUCCCCCGUUGCUACCUCUUCCUCGGCCUGAGACAUGCCAGCUGUGCCCAGAGCACGCUAGCUGUACUCCCACUACCGUCACCUGCGAGAAUGGCUACCUCCUGCGUCCCCACCCCCUUCUCUCCUUCCUACCCAUCCCUUCUUCACUCCGACCGACUGAUAACCGGAAUGCGUACACCAAUCCGUCCUUGGCAGUCGCACCAACCUAUGGGAACAAGAGUCCACUCGACUUGGCGUACACCGGCUUGUCGCUCAUAAUGGACGGGUUGCCUGGUUUGGGACCCGUCGCAUUCCCGCCUCGCUGUGUUGAAGAUCCUAUGCGCAAGCGUCACAUCGGUGCCAUGGGACGGACCAUCGACUCCAAACUCGCCGCCGAAAGGGGCCGUCGACUUUGUGAUGGCGCGCGCCCCGACGAUAAACCGGGGAAGGUCGCUCAAGAGGCUAAGAAGUGGGGUGUGGAAGUCGAUGCGCUCAAGGAGAGCAUCAGGAAGGAUGUCAUCAAGAAGUCGAAAUCGCCGUCGCAAUUGCUGUCCACUCUCGACGACACAUUUAACGAAGCGAUUCAACAACUUGUCGAAUGGGGUGGUGUUUUCAUCGGCGAGGAUGAACAGGGGCACCGUUAUGUUGCGCAUCGCACACCUAAGCUCGACAUGAUGUGCGCGGUGAAGGUGAAAGCACUCGAGUAUCGGGACAUGUGGUGGAAGCAAGCGUUUGGCUCGCUCGCUCUGCUCUUGUCAGCGUGGAUGGCUAAGCACCGUCGCAAGCAGCGCCUCGAGGACCGCGAGCGCGUCACCGUGCUCGUCGACACGGUGUACGACAUGCUCCGGAACCAGGAGCUCGUGCACCACACGGACCCAGUCUCCGCGCCGCGGCCGUACGUCCCGUCCACGCAGCUGCGCGAUGCCGUCCUCCAGGGCGAGCACUCGGUCGCGACGCGCCAGCGGCUGUGGAAGGAGGUCGAGCGCAUCGUCGAGGCGAACACGAACGUGCGCACGAACCUCGAGGAGGUCGCGGGCGGGGACGAGAUGCGCGUGUGGCGCUGGGUGGGCAGCGUCGGCCAGACGCUUGCGUACGAGUUGCCCUCGACUCCUGCGACUCCCGCAUGAAUGAUGACGACGUGUGAUGUGCCACAUGAGCUGCACAAACGAUGGAAUGCUUCUGACGAUUCGCCCGCUGUUUAUUAGUUAAUGUCUCGAUACGCGUCCGGUCUCACUCUGUCUUUUUCCUGAUUUACUUCUUGUUCCUCGUACUCGUAUGCUCUGAUUGUGAUUGGUGAUCGCCGCCGUACCUAUUGAUUCAUCAUGUUUUUGUU